AUGUCAGCGAUUCCUAUGAUCAGCACCGAUAUCAAAAAACGGUAUCAAGUCGUCCGUGAUGCCAUUGAACCGAUCAAAGAACCUGAGUUCAAAAAGCAGAACAUCCGCCACGAUCAUCGCCUCAUUGAUGAUAUGGUAGCGUACAUGAUGAAGAGCGAGGUGGGAUUUGUCUUGUCUUUGAAGAACUACGAUGGCGAUGUCCAAUCCAACCUUGUCGCGCAGGGCUUGGGGUCGCUAGGCUUGAUGAACUCAGUUCUCACCACAGCAGACGGCAAAGCGUUUGAGAGCGAAGCUGCUCACGGCACUGUGACACGCCAUUUCCGCGCGUACCAAAGAGGGGAGAAGACGUCCACGAAUCCUAUAGCGACCAUCUUUACCUAG